CCGUAGGAUGUGGGAUCUUCCCGGACCAGGGCUUGAACCUGUGUUCCCUGCAUUGGCAGGCAGAUUCUUAACCACUUUGCCACCAGGAAAGUCCCUUGAUGCACCAGUUUUAAUGCCAGUAUGUGUAAAACUUUUUCACACUCAAAGACACAAAGCUGCUUUUUGCUAUUUGAAGACCUCUUAGCAUGAACCAUCAGAGGUGGCUAGUCCUGUUCUGGUUUUUUUCCCCAGGGGUCAUCAAUCCAACCUUUGACCUAGGGAGCCUCUCCUGUAGCCUGGAGGUGUCCAAGGACACUGUAUCUCACCGCCCACAGCCCUAUCCCUGGAGUCAUGAGAGGUUUGCCUCCUGCCAGGCCUUAUGUUCCCAGGCUCUCUCUUCUGGGCAGCAGUACUGGGAAGUGGACACUCAGCGAUGUAGCCACUGGGCAGUUGGGGUGGCUUCCCAGGGGAUGAGGCGUGACCAGAUCCUGGGAAGGACCAGGGACUCCUGGUGUGUAGAGUGGAAAGGGACUAGCCAGCUCUCUGCAUGGGACAUGGUCAAGAAAACUGUCCUUGGCUCAAACAGACCUAGUGUGGUGGGCAUCUGGCUGGACCUUGAGGAGGGAAAGCUUGCCUUCUAUUCUGUGGCUGAUCAGGUGAAGCUCCUCUGUGAGUGCCCAGUCUCUGUUGCCUUUCCUCUGCACCCUGUCUGGCUGUAUGGCUUAUUCCCUGGAAGCUCUCUGACUAUGAGGCAAAUAAACAUAUAAACAUUCCCUGGGUGUUAAAACAUGUUGAUUUCCUGGUCUCCCUGCCUUCAAGCAGGGAGUCAAGUUGAGUUAAGUUAACAUCCCGCUUCCAAAGUUAAGGGAUGCAAAGUAAAUGUUUAACCCAGCAGGCUUGCAUUGUUCAAACCCUGCACGGUCCGGUUACAAGAAAGGACAGGCUCUUGAGUGGGAGAUAGUAUCUAAGCCCUUGGAAUAUCCUGCCUGAUAAGAGUAUAUUUAUCUGAGGGCCUUGGGCCACACAGUAUCAGCUUGAUUUCUGGAAGGGCUGGAAACUAAGGUCAGCCACUUGGGCAGUGAGUCUGCCUACAUGACCGACCGCCAGUCAAAGCCUUGGGCACCAAGACUUGAAUGUGCUUCCCUGGUUGGCAGUAUUCCGUGGGCGUUGUUAUACAUCAUCCUGGGAGAAUUAAACAUUGUCCCCAUAACUCCACUGAGAGAGGAGUGAGUGGGCUCUCUUGGCCCCUGCCCUAUGUGCCUUUUUCUGUUGCUGGUUUUAACCUGUACUCCUUUCACUGUAACCACCUGUAACCGUAAGUAUAACAGCUUUGCUGAGUUCUGUGAGUCCUUCUAGUGCAUCACUGAAAAUGAGAUUGAUUUUAGGGGACCCCCCCUACACACACGCAAGGGGCAUGCUAUCAAUUGCUGUGUAAUACUAUUAUCACACAUUCGGUGGUUUCAAACAACACAUAUUUAUUCUCUCGCAGCUUCUGUGGGCCAGGAGUCAGGAUACAGCUUAGCUGAGGCCUCUGUUUUGGAGUCUCACAAGCUGCAGUCAGGGUGUGAACUGGGGCCGGGUGACAUCUGAGGCUCCACUGGGGAAGGAUCUGCUUCCAAGCUCACGUGGUUGUCGGCAGGAUUCAGUUCCUUGUGAGUUGUCAGACUGAGGACCCCCCCUCAGUUCCUUACUCGGUGGGCCUCUGCAACAUGGCUGCUUACUUCUUCAAAGCCAACAAGGGAGAUCAAGUUUCCUAGCAAGGUCAAGAAAUAAAGCCUUGGGCUUCCCUGGUUGCCCAGUGGUUGAG